CAAAGCUGGAAUGUACUGGGUCUGGUAUCGUGACGGACUACUGUGAUCAAAUACCGCUAAAAUUGAACACUAAUCGAUUGUGUGCUAGUAAGGCCAAAGGGAACUUUUUAUUUUCUUUAAGUUAAAGCAAAUGGCGAUGUGUGCUUAACAAUCGCUAUUUAGCUCUUACUCGUAUGAACCAACAAGACGCUGAGCGAAUUUUGAUUGCGAGGGAACGUUUGUGUAUCUGAACUAACUCCGAAUUAAAUGGGCAAUCCGGUCUUGAUUGCUUUGGGAGCCUUGAACACAUCGAUUCGAUUGUGUAGGCGUUCAGCAGACAAUCAUCAUCUUCCAUGGACACGCGAUGCGAUUUUUGGGGGCUUUAUCAGAUUGACAAGCUUAAAAAAAUUGAUCACGCGAGCAUUAUAUGGCAAGAAUCAUUGGAAUGCAUAAAGAUUAAAAAGCAACACUCACUCCGAUGUCUCCGGUGGUGUACGGUUUCACUUUGGUAUGAUUACCCUGGCAUCAUUGACGAUUAAUACUCGAUACACUAUUUGCCAUUGUUUCUUCGGGUAUGCAGCUGAGUCGUGCGGCCAAGCCUUGCUUUAAGUUCGAGAGAUGGUCGGUAGCUGUUAGCAGCAGAUAGUUCAAUAUAUCGAAGGCAAGGUUUAAGCCCGCCUUGACGUCAAUGUCGCGGUUUGAGAUCCGCAUUUAGCAUAAUUAUGAAUUUAGCAACUCUCCAAUCGGGCGUCUGUUUUAUUUGGCUAUGACUUCAAAAGCCGUAAAUGGGUGAUGCUAAACUGUUGCCACUUUAUCCUCAGCAAUAUCACCGGACUACAGCAGCAAUAACAGAGGUGAAUUCUUUGAAGUGUCUCCGACUGAUGUGGCUGCUGCUGGUCCAUCUAGAGGCAGUGACCACAGCGAGAAGUCGUAAGCAACACACAGUGGAAGCUUUUACUUGAUAACUCAUUGACAGUAUACGAACAGAUGAUGAACUAACCAGUCAUUUCUAGAUCGCUAAAGCAAGAGUCUCACAAUCCUAUUGUACUUGGUCAAAUUAAGGAAUUAUUUGUAAUUUCAACUAGCUCG